GACCGUCCUAAAAUGAGUUUCAAACUUCUGAAUUGUUCUAAAAUGCUUUUGGAAAUUGUAAAUAGGUUUUUGAAGCAUUCUAAAAUGAUUCUAAAGUUUCCAAAUUGUUCUGAAGUGUUACAGGAUGCUUUCGGAAAUUCUGAAUUGAAUUUUAAGUGUUCUGAACUAUUAAAAAGGCUCAUUAAAGUUCUGUAGGAUGUCCACACUACAUCUCCUAUCUCCAUCAGUCCAAAAAGGCGCUUUAUUGCUAUUGAAAUUUCUGAAAGAGAAGGGAUUUUUGAUUAUAAAUACCAAACAAAGUCUACUUUACCGCAUAGUGUGUGGUAAACUGUUACUUUCCGCUUGCAAAUAAGUGCAGACUGUGCGGUAAAGUGCACUUUCGUAGGUCAAUUACCAGAAUAAAAAAAUGAAGGAAAAUUUCAGAACAACAAACUAGUCCCCAGUGCAAUCAGAGCAACCUAGAGUCUGAUUCCACGAUCUAAGGAUUCCACUGGGAACAAAAAGUGCCGGUAGAGCUAGUGCGGAACUGUUUGCACUGGGGGCAAAAAGUGCCGCACCAGUUUUCUGUCUAGCGAAAUUUGCUUCGUCAGUUUUCGCUUUCGUCGCCAAACCGACCGAGCCGAACCGAGAACUAAUCAAUGAAGGAUGAAGGUGUGUUUCUGAUAAAUUUCCAAGGUUUUUAAUGUUUUUAUAAAAAUUCGUAAUCGCAGAUAAACAAGUUUCUCGUUGUUUAUGUGCUCCAAAAAAAAACAACGUUAAUUCCCUCGCCUAAUUAAUCCACCUCACGAUGACAUAGUCGGUCGGUUCGGUGCUAUCGGCGCAGUUUUGUAUUUUCGUUUGAAGGACUAGGAUCUAUAGAAGAAAAACGCACUUUUGGCAAAGAUGAGCUCCAAGUUGAAAAAGAAACAUUUCCGAGUAAAACACCAAAAGGUCAAGCUAUUCAGGGCCAACGAACCGUUUUUGAGUGUUUUCAUGUGGGGAAUUAAUCACACGAUCAACGAGUUAAUGCACGUUACCAUACCAGUCAUGCUUCUACCAGACGAUUUCAGAGCAUAUUCCAAGAUUAAAAUCGAUAAUCAUUUAUUUAACAAGGAAAAUAUGCCAUCACACUUCAAAGUAAAAGAAUACUGUCCCAUGGUGUUCAGAAACAUAAGAGAACGGUUCGGAAUCGACGAUCUUGACUAUAAAGAGUCUCUUACCAGAUCCCAACCCCUUCCAGAUGACUCUGCUGGAAAAAGUGGCGCCAAAUUUUACCAAAGUUACGAUAAGAUUUUCAUCAUUAAAACUCUCACAUCCGAGGAAGUUGAGAGGAUGCACUCGUUCCUCAAACACUAUCACCCUUACAUUGUGGAAAGACAUGGUAAAACUUUAUUGCCUCAAUACCUUGGAAUGUAUCGGUUGACUGUCGAUAAUGCAGAGCACUACAUUGUGGUGAUGAGAAACGUAUUUUCCAACCAUUUGAGCACACACAGAAAGUUUGAUUUGAAGGGGUCUACAGUAGAUAGGGAAGCUUCGGAGAAGGAACGAGAAAAGGAAUUGCCUACAUUGAAGGAUAAUGAUUUUGUUAAUGAGCAAAUGAAGGUUUACAUAGGAGAAGAAGCUAAAAGUAAGCUCAUGGAAACUUUGAGUGCUGAUGUCGAUUUCUUGACGAAAUUGCAUCUGAUGGACUAUAGUUUGUUAUUAGGUAUCCACGAAGUCGAACGUGGCGAACAAGAACUACAAAGACAACGAGAACUCGAAGCCGAAAACCCCCCGGAUUCCGACGAGAGCGAGUCCGGCUCAGGCCUAGAGAAUCGCGGUGGCCAGAUGGGCUUCAACACUCCGCCGGAUUCUCCUAAUGCAGUUUGCCAGUACCUCCGAGAACACAGUCUCCAAUACGAAGGUGGUAUCAUCCCAGAACUAGACAUCUACGCAAUUCCGUCUUGCGAAUCAGCUCCAGUCAAAGAGAUUUACUUUGUGGCCAUAAUCGACGUGCUAACGCAUUACGGUGUUAAGAAACAAGCCGCAAAAGCGGCGAAAACUGUCAAAUACGGCUCUAACGUUGACGGAAUUAGCACGUGCGAUCCCGAGCAGUACGCAAGGCGUUUCAUCGAUUUUAUGAGCAAGGCCAUAGAGUAGGAACUGGAGAGAAAGAAGAUUGAGCAAUUUUUUUUUCAAGAGAUAAUUGUUUUAAUUGACAAAAGUUUCUUUGAAAAAUCUUUUAGGUUAGUGUGUAAAAUAUAAGGGGGCUAUGCGUUUUUUUCUUGGAACAGUAUUUCUUUUUCAAAUAAUAUCCCUACUGCAUUUUUUUUCUAUAUUUUAUACCUUUUUCUCUAAAUAACAUGUGCUAUGAUAAUAUGAUUGUUAUAUUAUAGAUUUUGGCGAUAAGGCUUAUGAAUAUGUAUUUUUUAGUUGAUGGUUGAAAAUUGAAAUAGCUAUUUUAUAAUAUAAGUAGGUCUAUUUCAACCAUGCUGAUAACCCGAAUUUUCUGGAACAUCUAUACAGUCUAUCAAUGAAAAGUGCUUUGUUUUAGGAUAAAAACAAUGUUUGGAACCCGUUUAUAAUGCAUAAGUAUCUGGUUUCCUAUAUUUAUCUAUUUUCUGUCAGCUUCACCCAGUUAUGAAAUUGAAAUUUUUAUUUAAAAAAAAUGUACAAGCAAUUUGUAAGCUAUUAUAAAUCAAAAUAACAAUUUUGAAGAAUUAAAAAUUACCUGUAAUGGAAUAUCAAGAUAAAAACAAAAUUCAAAAAGCAAAUAAACACUAUAAAUUAACAAAAUAAACGCACAUUUUCUCACAAUUUACAUCAAUAAAAAAUACAUUCAAGCCUCAUUAGCACAAAUGCCUCUCUAUACUUCGACUAUAAUCAAUAUUUUCUAAGGCAGCUAGGCUAGAGUAGUACAAUUUCUCUCGUAAUGCCAACAUCUAUAUCCUAGCUAGCAUAUAACUCUAGCUAGCUUAAGCUUUCUCAUAAAGAGGAUUCCAAUUUUUUCUUAUGGUCAAACUUGAUGUAAAGAUACAGUUAGGCCAAGAAUCAAAAUAAUUUUCCAUGGAGUAAAUUACGCUUUACACGCCCAAUCCGUCAAAAAAUCGACGAAACUAGUCAUAAUCUGAUCAAAUUGCGCCUAAGAAUAAUUUUGAUCCAAUUAAUACUACACAUCGUUAAAAUUAUUUGAUUAUAAGAAAAAUUAAAGAUUCUUCAUUUUUUUACCUAGAAAUACCUGGAAUGUUUUAUGUUGCAGUGUGACUGUUUUCCUUGUUCCCUCUUAUGUUAGACCUGCUGAUUUUUUUAAAUAAAAUAAUAAUUGAGUGAAACUCCAGCAAUAAUAUUAUCUAGUCUAAUAAUAUGGAUUAUUCUGCUACAUUUCUGUGAGAAUAUUAUCGGAUUUUAGUUUUAAGGAUACUUUAAGUGCUCAAUUUGUUCAGCAUUGAACAUAUAGACACCUUAUGGUUAUCUUCUGAUCGUAGAUCCUUUUCUUUUGGCUCAUUCCAUUUUGUAAAUAAAAAAAAUUAUAAAUUAGAUUUGUAUAUAGAUAAUAAUUAUUAUCUAAACUUUUUGUGAUCAGUUUUGUAAAACUUUUUAUUAUUUAGUUUUUUAUGUUAUUUUUUGUAAGUUUAUAAUUAUUAUUUUGUUAUUUUAUCAUUAUUUUUAUUUUUGUCCUGCAACAGGCGCUAUUAUUAUAUUAUUACUUAAAUACCUAUGCGAUUUUCAGUUUUAUUUUCUUUUUUAUUGUUUGUUUAAUUUAAAAAAAAAGAAACAGGUAUAUCGAUGGUGCAUCAUUCUAGUUAGAUAAAUAUUUUUGUUUUUCUACAAGUAAAAGUGGAAAGUAAAAUUGGUAAGGAGAGAUUUUUAUUUGGUUUAGUUGACAAUGUGCUUGUAGAAAAAAUGUAUGCCUAACAUUAGAGGAAAGUGUCUUUCUCUUAACUGUUGAUCAUAGUGUUACUUUCCUCACUCGUUAGGUAUACAUAUAACUUAGUUUAAGAUAAAAUUUUAGCCAAGUUUUGCUGAAAAAUUGAAAAUGUAAAUAUUUUAUUAGAAAGUAAUUUGAAAGUUCAUCAUAAUUCGGUAUCCUUUUCCCAUGGAAAUCUAUCAUUAAUCAAAAUAUUUUUCCGCUUAAUGCUUCGAUAAUAAAGCUUUUUUCUGAAGGGGCUGUUCAAUUUUUAAAAUAAUAUUGUUACUAGUUUAUAGGAAAACCCAGUCAAAUUGGUUCUAAAUAAUACUGUUUAUAAUCUCUUUUUGUAUUCUUUGUCUAAAUUUUUUCAAUGUUUAGAAGCAACGUUUUUAAUAAAAAAAAUCGUGAGGACUGCU